UCUCUCUCUCCUCUCUCCCUUCUCUCUCUCCCUUUUUCCUUCAGAAGAUGAAUCCGGAUAAACGCUGCCGCAGAAAGCGAUCCGCCACUCCGGACGCCCCCAAGCGCCUGAUCAUGGGCUGAACGCGCCCUUACACCGCCCGUCCACCGGAACACUCGUUUCACUUGGGAAGGGGGAAGGGGGAGGAGCGGGUAAGUCUGCGACUCAGAGCCAUGGUAGAGAGGUACAGAGCUGAGAUGUUUCCCAACCUUUUCCUGGAUCGAAGCAACACCUACAACAAGACCAACCAGACUCUGGACGAGUUGAUGCCCUACCUGGAGAUGGACGGGUCGGAGGUCCACAGCGAAGGGUGGCCGGCUAUGUCCAUAGUCAUAUCCAUCGUGUAUUCGAUAGUUUGCGCCCUGGGACUGAUUGGCAACGUGCUGGUCCUCUACCUGAUGAAGAGCAGGCAAGGGUGGAAAAAGUCCUCCAUCAACGUCUUCGUCACCUGCUUGGCGGCCACCGAUUUUCAAUUCGUCCUGACCAUGCCCUUCUGGGCUGUGGACACUGCCCUGGAUUUCAGUUGGCCCUUCGGCAAGAUGAUGUGCAAGAUAGUCAUCUCGGUGACCGUCAUGAACAUGUACGCCAGCGUCUUUUUCUUGACCGCCAUGAGCAUCGUCAGGUACUGGUCGGUGGCUUCGGCUCUCAAGCCCAGAAGGCAGCCUCUCGGAUGCUCGGCCAAGUGGAUGAGCGUCUUGAUCUGGGUCUCGGCUCUGCUCGCCACCAUCCCCAGCGCUAUCUUCUCCACCACCUCCAGGAUCGCCAACGUGGAACUGUGCCUGGUCCGCUUCCCGGAUGACAACAACUCUUCCCAGUUCUGGAUGGGGCUCUACCACAUCCAGAAGGUCCUGCUGGGCUUCGUCAUCCCACUGGGAAUCAUCACCAUCUGCUACUUGCUCCUCUUGCGCUACGUGACCAACAAGAACGUCAACUCCUCCAGCACCAAAAGGAGGUCCAAGGUGACCAAGUCGGUCACCAUCGUGGUCCUGUCUUUCUUCCUCUGCUGGCUCCCCAACCAGACCGCAACUCUCUGGGGCAUUUUGGUCAAGUUCAACGCGGUUCACUUCAGCUCCGCGUACUACACGCUCCAGGUUUACGUCUUCCCAGUCACCGUGUGCUUGGCUCACACCAACAGCUGCCUCAACCCCGUGCUGUACUGUCUGAUGAGGAGAGAGUUCAGGAAAGCCUUGAGGAACAUGUUCUGGAGGGUGACCUCUCCCACCACCACCACCAACAUGCGCCCCUUCACGGCCACCACCAAACCCGAGAGAGACGAUCAGAGACAUUCAAUGACCCCCUUGAACCCGAUUCAACCCGAAAUCUUGUACUAUCCCCCAGGAGCAGUCAUCUACAACAGCCACUAUGACAUCUUACCAGCCAACUCUACAGAACAGCGAUACUAGAGGGAGAGGGAGAGGGAGAGAGUGUGUGUGUGCGUU